CUCACCUCGCACCAUCUACCGAGCCCCUGGGAGAUUGGGCUCUUAGUGGAGGAAUAUUUUAACAAUAUUCAUCCUUUGCGCUGCUUUGCUUUCAUACACAGGCCAUCCUUCCUGCAGAGGCUAGACAGGGACGUUUCGAGGAAACGUGAGAGCUGUGCAUUACUUCAUAUCAUAUGUGCUCUGGGUGCACAGUAUCACGCAUUGGCGUACAGUGAAACAGUCACGUCACUUUCGCCCAAGUUUGUGCUGCGAGCAGGAAAUCAAUGGGCAAAGAGGUCCCAGCGACUUAUUCUUGAAACCCUCGAUGUUGUCACCAUCGACAACGUAAUGGCUGCAGUCCUACUACAUGACUACGAAAUACGAAUGGGGAAGUUUUCAAAUGCUUUCAUGCUGAGUGGACUUAUAACUCGCAUGACUCAAGCAUUACAGAUCAAUCUGGAGUACAACACAGAUCUCUUCUGCCGGAAUCAUGAGUCUGGCUUGUCCAUCACGGAAAAGGAAUCACGCAGGCGACUAAUGUGGAGUUGCUAUGUGAUGGAUGCUCUUGUUGGGAGUGGAGUCGAUCAAUUAACGCUGGUUGGAGAGAAGGAUAUGAAGAUCCAAUUACCUUGCAAUGAACGCAACUUCACCCAGCAGAUUCCGUCUUUGACAGAGACUCUCGAAGCAGGAAAUUGGCUAAAGUUCAUCCCCGGUGAUGUGGACGUUAGUACAUUACUGCCCAACAUGGGGAUUAUGGCAUAUUUUGUGCGCCAUAUAUCCAUUCGCAAAAGGGUUCUAAGGUUCUCUGUUCACAUUUGUGUGAAUUCCAUAACAUCCUCGGCACGAAAGGAUUUGAAGCUAAUGUUAAACUCAACCCAGUGUUCUGCCGCAGAGACAAUGCUUGAAAGAUCCGGAAUUGGUUCUGAAGUCAUAGCACAAAACAUCGUUCCCGAUGAUCCAUAUCAAUCCAUGGGAGGGGAAGAAGAAGCAAAUGAAAGCCUGCCUGGCACGCCAGUUCAAAGUGCCCCUGAUUACGUUCUCAAUCCACUUUCUAUUUUCCGAAUGGCGCGCAAGUCAAUUCCUGAAAGGCAUGCACCAGAGAAAGCCGCAACUUCUUCCGCCCCAAAUAGCACGAAACCUGACUCGGUGACUGAUAUGGAUCGGCAGCUCAGUGAUGAUCUAGCUCGUGAGUCACAGAACUGUGGCCCUACAUACCCCGAGGUCAGCCAUGAAAACCUCGAGGAGCUGCAAUCGCUGUUCAUGUCGGAUUUGGGAUGGGCGUGGCAGCCUGCAGACACGGCCGUUGGUUCUGGCAUCGAAGGGGCCGGGUUGCUCCCAUGGGCGGGAGGGUACCCUGUCGGUCAGGCGGAACCUUGGCUACCUGUCUUUCCAUUUCCUCAACAUAGUUGA